UCCACUAGGAGAUGAGGGUUCCUGAACGAAAUGUUGGGGAGCCAUUAUUGAGGUGGAUAUCCUUUCAAGACUUUCCCGCGCCCUCAUUCUAGCAGAAGCAUUGGAAUUAUGGUCCAGUCGCGGGGGAUGGGUCCCUGACUUUCGGGCGUUUCGAGGCCAUUCCUGCUAUCAAACUCAGGCACCACCUCCAGAUGCUACAGAGGUCGGAGACGCGGCCGGGUCUCUGCUGCUGGACGGGGUAUUCCUCGUUCCGUGACGAGGCAACCAAGUGUGCAACAACUGCAUGUGGGAUGGGGGGGACACCUAAUGGAGGCACUAAGGCAAGCACAUGCAGUGACAGACAGACCCUACUUCCUGAUGGGUUGCAGAUGGCUCAGUCGCCAAGGGUGCACAAUCACAAAACCAUGUUCGAGCCUCCCAAGUCCCCAGUCUGCUGCUCCUUAUUGAUCGGCGAUGCGCCUCAUGCAACCAUGGCCGCAUGGACGUGCAUGGAGACUCCGUAGCGUGAGUGGAAACCCUGGUCACAUUCCUGUUCGGUCCGCGCCCGACUCAACUCAUGUCAAUCCGGAGCUCCAAGUUGAUUCGUUGAGAGGGAAAGUCUGCUGGAGGGCAUGAUGAGCCCCUCCUGGGCUUAUGGUGGGCUCAUUGAUGCUUUGUGGAUGUUCUCGCCCUGCAGGAGCUUUUACCCGGGAAGGACGGGCCUUCAAUACGCCUCCAUGGUCUUUGCUCGACAAGGAACCCGUCGUUUUCGCGAAAUA